CCGCCUCUUGUCUGCAAGACCUCGUUGAGGGCAUGAAACUCCCAAACAGGAAAAAGAAAACCAAGUAAACGCUAGUAGCUUGUAGCCUAGCUAUGGAACCCUGCAACAGACACACAUUACUGAACCAGUGAACACCAGCAGUUAAUUCACCAUCCACCUUAUUAAAGAGAAAUGAUAAUAGUACCUGGAUCAAAUGGUUGAUGAAACUGAACAGCCAUGGGUGACAUGAAAACCCCAGAUUUUGAUGAUCUUCUGGCUGCCUUUGACAUCCCAGAUGCCACAGGGUUGGAUGCCAAAGAGCCCCUACAGGGAAGUCAUGAGGAGACAGAGAGUCAGCUGAAACACACAGGGAUAUGCCUGGAUGACAGCUUGUUGAGUAACAAGGGUGUUGCAACAGCAGAUAUCCCUGCUGUAAGUGUUAUUGUGAAAAACACAAGCCGCCAGGAAUCACUGGAAAGUUUUGGACCGGCACUGCAAAAUGGAUUCAGCGGGCAAGACGAGCCCUCUAUUGACUCUGUUGAGACUCCGGACGCCGAUUUAUCCAAAUCAUUUGUCUCUGCAUUGAAUGGGGAGGAUUCAAGAGAACUUCUUGGAAAGGCUCCUGUUCAGCACAAACCCGAUGGAACACCUAUAUUCUCUCAAUCCCUCUCUCAUUUUAGUCCCAUCUCCAGUCCAGAGUCUGAAGAUGCUCGAAGUAGUGGAGGUCAAAAGCACCCUGAGAAACCCUGUUUCCCAGAGGCUUCAGUCUUGCUGGAACCGUCAGUCGCAGACAACUCAAAAAACCUGGACCUCAGUGUGUUUGAUGACUGUCCCAAGGGCUCUGAUAUCCCCAAGAGUAAUGAGAGGACAGUAGCACAAAGUGAAAGAAGUAAGGAGCCCUCUGACAUCUUAGCCAGUCAUGAAACGGAUAAAACACUCGGGAUACAUAGUGCACUUCCUCCAUCAAAUAGUAAUCACAGCUUUACUGAUACAGACUGCAAUUCAGGAACCACAGUAGAUAUUUCUGCAUCUUAUCCUCUCGACAAAUCUCAGACAGCUAAACUAUCCUCCUGCCUUGAGGCCCUGGUGGCUCUGAAUGCUAGAAAAGAUCCCAGAGAGUUCUCAACAGGUCAGAAUGAAUGCAUGAAAGCGAGCCCCAACGUGCCCAUUUCCCCAAGAAGCCCCAGAAGUCCACUUGAAGCUGUGAAACGGUUAGUAAAACCCUCUGAUAGUCCUGUAAGUAUCUGCAGUGACAGUAGUGGCAAGGUGUCCCCAGCAGUGGCAUCAGGGUCGCCUGCUGCCAUACCCAGGGUCAGAAUUAAGACCAUCAAAACCACAUCUGGACAGAUCAAGCGCACAGUCACUAGUGUGCUACCAGAUUCAGAGACAGAUGAGAUUCAUUCUGCAUAUGAAUCUUCUCCCUCACGGAGUAUUAGUGAAGACUCUUACUGUAAUAUGUCUCCACAUCAGCCUCAAAGUGCAGCAUGUGAUAGUAUUGUUAGAACACAGACUAAAAGUAUCCCAGCAAGUGCAUCCUCACAGAAAGUUUUACCCAAAAGAUCAGAGGCGAACUCCAGGAAGACGAGCAAAUCACAGCCUGCAACAGUAUUCCAUAGUAGUAGUGGUUCUGUCAAGCGCUCUGCUACACAUCAUAAGCAGAAAACUAAGAGGGGAUCCGCAACAAUGAGUCAAUCAACAGGCACAAACUUCCUUCCCAAAGCAAUGCACUUAGCUAGUCUGAACCUGGUCCCUCACAGUGUCGCUGCUUCAGUUGCUGCACGAUCCACCCCUCAUCAUCAAAGCAAACACACACUCUCCUCUACGGUGUACAGCACUGUCCCACUUGUGCAUCAGAUCAAACCAGCCAACCCUCAUCCACGCACGUCCAUUCACAACACAGCAGCAGGAACCUUAAACAGACUGUUGAACAAUUCCAACCCCUUGCCUACAUAUGUGCCCAACCUGAACCCCCCUGCGGAGAGCAACAUUAACCUUCCACCACGCGGAUACUGCUGCCUUGAGUGCGGGGACUCCUUUGGGGUGGAGAGGAGUCUAACAUAUCAUUACAGCAGGAGGAGUGUUCACAUCGAAGUAGGCUGUACGCACUGUGCAAAGACGAUGGUGUUCUUCAAUAAGUGUGCCUUGUUGGCUCACGCACGGGAGCAUAAGAGCAACGGCAUGGUGAUGCAGUGUACACAGCUUCAUAUGAAACCCAUAGCAGAGGAACAAAUGUUUGUUCCCCUGAGUGCUGAGCCUUUGAAUGUGGACUCGCACACCUCACCGUCACCCUUGCUUAAAAGUCAACCUGUCCUGCCUCUGUACCCAGACAAUGUCACUCGUCAUCGACUCCGCUGUUUAGAGUGUAACAAGCAGUUACCUGACUGCAAAGCACUUGCAGGCCAUUACCAGAGGCCGUCAGAAGAUGCGGAAGGACUAAUGUGUAAGGUGUGCUCCAUGCUGUUACCCAACAAGUGCAGCUUCAGAGCUCACGAACGCAUUCACGCACACAAGUCCCCUUAUUGCUGUCCUGAGUGUGGUGCCAUGAGUCGUUCUGCAGACAUACAGAAGCAUGUCAAGGAAAACUGUCUCCACUACGCUCGCAAAGCGUGGUACAAAUGUCUUCACUGUGAUAUGGUUUUCAAAACCCUCCAAGGACAAAAGACUCACAUUGAGGAGAAACACUGUGAAGUCUUUUACAAGUGCUCCGUCUGUCCAGUUGCCUUCAAGACCCCUGACAGCUGUGAAGUGCAUUUAAACAUUAAACACAAAGCUAGCAAGCUAUCCCCCCAGUUAAUUUUUAAGUGUUCGUGUGAGACAGUGUUCAAGAAGAAGCAGUUAUUGUUGCAGCAUUUUCAUCAGAAUGCUGACAGGCGGGUUACAUGUGUGUUCAAGUGUCCAGAAUGCAACUCGGUUUUCCCCCAAAAGCAGCUGUUAAUGCAGCACUUCAAGGGUAUUCACGUAGGAAACAUUACAGCAGAAACAGAGGAGCACAGUAUAGAAAUGGUCCAGCAACACAAGAGCCCAGUGAAACAGACAGAUAGUCCGAGGAAAAAGGCUACACAGGACGGCAAACCAAGAGUGAAACCCACUGGCUGGACGUGUGGGGAGUGUCUCCAGUUUUUCCAAGAACGAGACUUGUAUGUUUCUCACGUGAAGACCAAACAUGGAAAGUCCAUAAAGAAGUAUCCAUGUCGACAUUGUGAGCAGUCUUUCAACUCUGCAACCAGUCUGAGGCGACAUAUACGCAGUGACCACGAUGGAAAAAAGAAAAUCUACACUUGUUGGUAUUGCACAGAUAGCAAAACAAUAUUUACAACAAGUGUGACGUUGAAGAACCACAUCAGUCUAAUGCAUGGAAUCAAAAAUCCUGAUCUCAGCCAAAUGCCAAAAACAGCCGUCCAGGAAUCCAAAAAGGCUUUACGAAAGGGGCUUGUGUCACAAAGACCUGCCAUGGAUAACCAGGAGCGGGGUCAGGACUGCACGUCCAGCCUUGGGGCUCCUUCAGCAAAGCGUCUGAAAACAUAUUUCCGCUGUUCAAAGUGUGGCUUCAUCACGGAUGAUAGUACAAAGUUCCAGCAGCACAUACCACAGCAUAAAACUGAUGAAAACACUCCUCAGUGCCUUCACUGUGGCCUGUGUUUCACAUCUGUGUUGUCUCUCAACAGACAUCUUUUUAUUGUGCACAAAAUUAAAGAUCCCGAGGAAGGGGGGAAAAAAGAGGAAGUGGCAGAAACAGUAAAGGUUAGGGAGACGGAGCAGGAGAGUGAGCCUGACGGAUACGAAGAUACUGACGAGGUCAGAGACUCGUUAUCGGAGCUUAAUGAACCUGAGCCCUCACAGGACGGAGUGCCAGCAGGUCUGCACUGUGACAAGACCGUGGACAGUAAUUUAAAAAUGAGCACUCACUCUCAGAAAGAAGCAGUCUCCCUGAACACCUCUUUAAAGCUGCUUUAAUGUCUUUACUUUUCAUGUGAUGGUAACAGAACAUUUGAUGUUCUGGGUGGAGGUGGUACAAAGUGUUUGGGCUUUUAUUUGAAAUUUCUUUCAUAUUGAUUAGAGCCUGUGCAGUAUAUUUAAAAAAGAGCCUUCACAUUUAGUAAAGGAUAUUAUCUUAAUAAACGUAUAACUAUCUUUUAAUUAUUUUUAUUUAACAUUGCAUGUGGGUAAUAUAUUAAUCUUGCCUUCCAGACACAACUGCACACAUUUUAUUGCAGAGCCUUUUCUUAUUUCUUUUUUCCCUCCAUAUGUUUCAUCCACUUUGACCGGAGACUCAGGAAUGUCUGUUAGUGUGUAGGUCUUGUAUUGAUUGUAGUAAAAGUGGAUGGGUGGAUUUCUUUUUGCCUUUGUAAUGAAUGGUAAUUUCAAUUGCUUGCAUUUAGUCUGAAGUAUUUGAUACUUCAUUUCAACCUUAUUGGUAUUCAGCUUUCAGCUUCUAUGACAUGACCGUGUUAAAAAAAAUCCUUUGCAGUCCAAACCUAGAAUUCAAGCCUCAACUUAUAACAAAUCAUCAUUUUUGUUAUUCAGUAUUACCUUAAAGCCUUAUUUAUUUCUACUUGGUUUACUGAAGUUUAAAAUAUCUUGAGUUCAAAUAAAAGCUCACUUAGCAAAGCCUAAAUAACUGAAAUUAGGCUAAUCAUAAGACUUUGUUUUGACUAUUGAGGCAUUCUAAAAAUGCGUUUCUUCCUGUUGGAUGAACAUGUUUGAGUUUUGGAUGCAUGUGUUUAGUAAGAAAUAACCAUUUAUGUGUUCUUUUUGUUCUUUUUUUACUCAGUGUUCAGGGGUAAAAUGGAAAGGUAUUGGAUGUGCAGUGCAGCAGUGUUGAAAAUACCUCAAAUUGCCAGAAGUGUAUUUUUUUCAGGCAGGUGAAAAGUCAAUGUUAUGUCAAAUCAGGGUAUAUUGUUUUGGAUGAUCUAGAGCUGGUUUGAAAGUGAAAAUGUUUUAUAAAUUAGGCCCUGUUAACAUGAAGCUGCAUCUUUUAUUAAUAUUCAUUAUAAUAUAAUACUAGAAGUGUCUAGUAGGAAUCAACUCAGAGAAAACACAUUUCACUAUGGCGUGUCCUUGAUGUGUGCAGGUCCUGAUUUGUAAAACAGCACCUCUUGUUUUGUGUUGAGUACAUGACAGUUCCUACCUCCAUGAACAAAGGCAGUGAUUGUUAAUGAAAGGUUUUGAGGAGUUGCAGGUUAUCUCAGUGCAAUGUAAAAAAAUGAGUAUAUAAAAUGAGUAUUAUCCCACAUUAUUAAAUUUUAUAAAUUAUUUUGGGAAGGAUAUUGAGGCUAUAUGGUCAUAUUGACUGCUUGGCACGUUACCUUUUCUAUUUAAGUGCUAUACAAGCUCUUUGUUUCUCUGUUAUGUAAAGUCUUUUUGUCACCACACUGCAGAUGUUCGACUGCAGAUGCUGAAAAAGAAUGACUUGUUCACGACUUCUUCUUUUGUACUGCUUGUUGAAAGAUAUUUGUACUUUUGAUACUGUGUACAGUGAGGAGUCGUAUAGGAAAGUAACCUGUGUACAUACACUAGCCAAUGAACCCUGGAUUCACAGCAUUUCUUAAGCCAUUACAUCUAUUCAGCAUGCAGUGGCCCAUGUGCCUUGCUGUAAUGUUUACAUAAAGUACUUCAAAUUAAACUGGUGCAUUUAAUAACA